AUGGCGGAUUCCUAUGCCUGUAAAGGUGGAAGGAAAACUGCAGGCUCUAACAAACCCGCUGCCAGCAAAGAAAGCAGGACGGAGACGAGGAUAAACCCGCCGGCAGAGCUGCCCAAGCUCGAUCCCCUCUGCGGGUGCGGAGAGGCGCUCGCUGCCUUUAUCUUGCUGACGGCAGCCCUGGAUGCCGCGGGGCACCUGCACCCAGGACGAGGGCCGGACCCCAGAGAUCUCCCCCUGAUGAACCAGUGGAAGGACGAAUUCAAAGCUCACUCCAGGGUGAAAUGUCCCAAUUCAGGCUGCUGGCUGGAGUUCCCCAGCAUUUAUGGCUUGAAGUACCACUAUCAGCGCUGCCAAGGGGGUGCGAUCUCAGAGAAGCUGACCUAUUCGUGCUCGUACUGCGAAGCUGCCUUCACCUCCAAAACCCAGCUAGAAAAGCAUCGGCUCUGGAAUCACUUGGACCGGCCAGUGCCAACCAGCAAAGCAGAAAACAAAGUAGCUGCUGAGAGUUCAGCUUGCCCCACCAUCCAUCCCAAACAGGCAAAGACGGAAAAAGCCGUGGCCCAGGACCACGCCGAGAAUGGCGAGUGCCUGGCGGAGAGCCGGGAGAGCAAGGAGUUUCAGAUCGCAGCAGCCGAGGCGAUGGCAGCCGCCACCCCCACGGCGAAGUCCUCGAGCGGCAAGGAUGCCGUGCAGCAGGGGGGCAGCCAGGCCUCACUGCAGGAGGAAGACCCCGAGAGGAUGAAGCACAGAAGGAAACAGAAAACUCCUAAGAAAUUUACGGGGGAGCAGCCAUCCAUCUCGGGGACAUUUGGACUGAAAGGUCUCGUCAAAGCAGAGGACAAGGCAAAAGCCCAUCGAGCCAAGAAGUUGGAGGGGAGCACCAACACAGAGGAGCUGAAAAAGAAACCUUCAGGAGCUGGUGUGAAGAAGGAAACGGCUGUGCAUCUACCAGCAGCAAACCCUGAGGACCAGUGGCAGCGGGAGAUCAGCGAGAAGGGAGAAGUCGCCUGUCCAACCUGCAGCGUUAUAACCAGGAAAACCAUUGUGGGGCUCAAAAAGCACAUGGACGUCUGCCAGAAACUGCAGGAUGCCUUGAAGUGUCAGCACUGCAAAAAGCAGUUCAAGUCCAAAGCUGGGCUGAAUUACCACACCAUGGCUGAACACGUCAGCAAGCCUGUUCCUGUGGAAACCCGGGAAAGGGUGAGGAAAGUGCUAAAGCAGAUGGGAAAACUGAAAUGCCCCAAUGAGGGCUGCAUGGCCAACUUCUCUAGCCUGAUGGGUUACCAGUACCACCAGAAGCGCUGUGGGAAGCAGCUUGCCGAGGCCGACAAGCCUGUCUUCAGCUGUCCACACUGCGGCAAGAAGUACAAAUCCAAGGCCGGCCACGACUACCAUGUGCGGUCAGAACACACGGCCUCGCCUCCGGAGGAGCCAGAGGUGAAGCCGGAGCCUGGCCCCAUAGAAGAUUUCGAAAGGACCCCGAGCGGCCGCAUCCGUCGGACGUCAGCCCAAGUAGCCGUCUUCCACCUUCAGGAGAUAGCGGAGGAUGAGCUCGCCAAGGAUUGGACCAAGCGGAGGAUGAAGGACGACCUGGUGCCUGAAACGAAGCGGCUCAAUUACACCCGACCGGGGCUUCCAAAGCUCAAUCCGAGGCUGCUAGAAAACUGGAAGAACGAAGUGAAGGAGAAGGGCCACAUCAACUGUCCCAACAACUGCUGUGAAGCCAUUUACUCCAGCGUCUCGGGGUUGAAAGCUCACCUGGCCAACUGCAACAAGAACUGGUUGAAAUACAUCAAGCCUUACUGA